GUUCAUAUUAUUCAGGUUAGGCAUAUUCUUUGUGAAAAGCAGUCGAAAGUACUUGAAGCGCUUGAAAAACUAAAGAGCGGGGCGAAAUUUAACGAAGUUGCCUCUCAGUACAGCGAAGACAAAGCGCGACAAGGCGGUGACUUGGGAUGGAUGACCCGAGGUUCCAUGGUCGGUGCGUUUCAGGAUGCAGCGUUUGCGCUGCCUAUUAGCACCAUUGACAAGCCUAACUACACCGACCCUCCAGUGAAGACUCAAUUCGGCUAUCACAUUAUCAUGAUCGAAGGCAAAAAAUAG